AAUCUCAGGAUAGUCCAUUUAAACGUUUUAGGUAAUGAAAACAUCCAUCGUCUGACCCACCAAAGACCGUAUCAACUAAGGGUGGACCUGGAAGACUGGCAAGGAAAUAAGAAGUAUGCUAUCUACGACUACUUCUCUAUUGGUCCCGUUACCGACUACUACCGACUGUUUGUUAUUGGUUACAGCGGUGAUGCGGGGGACAGUUUCUCACGUCACCAUGGAUCCCAGUUCAGUGCUAAAAAUCUCGAUAAAGAUACAUAUUCUGGACACUGUGCCAAGAAAUAUAAUGGAGCGUGGUGGUAUGAGAGUUGCCAUUCUUCUAACCUCAACGGUCUCUACCUGAAGGGAAGUCACACCUCCAACGCCAACGGUGUAAACUGGGAAGCGUUUAAAGGUUACCACUACUCAUUGAAGAAAACGGAAAUGAAAAUCCGACCAAUGAAGCACCUUCUUACAGAACAACAAAGAAAACCAACAAAGAAAACAACAAGAUGCAAUUCGACUGUUGCAUCACAUCUAACAGAAUAAAGAAAACAAAUUAAAAUCCUA